CCUGCCCCUCGGUCAAACGUCUUCCCACUCCUCUCCUCCUGCUCCUCUUCCCAAGUUCCCAUCAUCCUCCAGACCCGUCCGCCGACCGGGAAACGGGCCUUGGCCUUAGGUUCUCUCCUCUUGAGGCUCCUUGUUUCUGAUCUUGAUCCUCCCGUACACGAGUUGGUCGGUCGGUACGGUAUUGUAUCAUGACCACCUGCUCGCCUCCUCUCCAUACCCAGUACUAAAGCCGGCUCCAUCUCCCUCCUCCUCUUGUUCUAUCAACCCAUAUCAUCUACUUCCAUCAUUCAGGCUAUCUCUUCUAUACCUUUGCACAGUUGUGCUCACUCUUUCUUCUCAUCCGCUCAUCUUUGCUUGAAGGCCCAACACUUUUCGGAAAGGGUCCAUUACUCGACCACCACUGUCUUCCCCACCUUUCCUCACCGCUACUUGUCCAGAUUUCCGACGCACAACACAAACCAAUUGGCUUUUCCGACAAUUCUUUUCGUCCCAUGGCGAUGCAAUAUUCCCAGCAAGGCUUUUUUGUCUUUGGACAACCACAGUGGCCUGAAGAUGUGAAGCCUGCCCUCACUGAAGACGAUUCCUCAGUCCUUGAUGACAGCGUCCUUGAUUCCUCCACCCCCGCCGACAUGACAGCGGCCGAUCCCACUGACAGUCGACGUCCUUCAAUGACCAAAUUCGAGGACGACUUCUCUGCCUCUACGCCUGUGUGGCAGGAGCGGCCCCAAGGUUUCAUGCCUACCCGUCCUUACUCACAGACAUCACUUCCCUUAUCCGGUGUCAAUGGCUCAUACUUCGGUCAACCCACUCCUGCGCAUCGCGGCUCCGGAUUUAUACAGACACCAUCUUGGCCUCUCGCUGCGAGCUCGGGAGUCAGUACCCCUACGCCCUUCUUUACUGCGGUACAAGAGCCUUUCAGCCAACAGCUCCAAUAUAAUGGUGGGCCUGUCACCUUCUCUGGAUUUACGGAGCAAGACCCUGUGUCGGCGAUAGCCAUGUCGCCACAGUCAAGUCAAGGCGGAUGGGCCUCGACCACCUCCUCCGAUGCUACGAGUACUGGCCGCGGGGUAAGGCAUGCCAGAUAUCGGAAGCCGUCACCGGGGUUAGUGGUUCGAACAGAUGGCGUCAGGAAGAAGAACGCGAAGUUUGAGAUUCCCAAGGAGAGAAACUUGCACAAUAUUGAUAAUCUCAUCGCUUCAUGCAUGAACGAUGAAGAGAAGAAGGAACUCAAACAACAGAAGCGCCUUCUCCGCAAUCGCCAAGCAGCGCUUGAUUCCCGUCAGCGCAAGAAGACCCACACUGAAAGGUUGGAGGCAGAAAAGAAAUCCUUCCAGGAUCAGAAGAACGAUAUGGAGAACACCAUUGCUCAGCUUGAGGCCACCCUCCACAACGAAAGAGAGCAAUGGCUGCAUCAACGUCAACAAUAUGAACAUUAUGUCCAGCAGCUGCAAUACGACCGAGACGAAGCCAUCCGGACCAAGACCCUCGACACCGCUGAACUUCGACGUAUGAACAACAUGUUGAAGGACACCGUCAGGGAUUUGGAGAGGCAACAGGCUCGGACGUUCACAUCAAAUGCCUCAGAUGCGUUCUCCAGCGACUUCACCACCUUUAGAGCACUUGACCUGGAAGACACCUGGGAGGAUGCGUUCAGUCUCAUCGACAACGAUGAUUUGAAGAUGGAGGAACCUGACUCGCCUCAAAGGCAAGCCACACCACGACCGGCAACCUCUUCCACGGCCCCAACGGCACCGAAUAACUUGCUCGAUGUCAAGGUCGAUGCUGGUUUCAGCUGGAACACCUUCUACAUGUGCUUGUUAGCUGGAGCCUUCAUUGUGUCCCAAACCGGCUCACACUCCGGUGGCGCGGCAACAUCUGCCGCUGUCAUCACAUCCACCAUGCCAGCUCUUGCUGAAGAUUAUCGUGCCGAGGCUGGCAAUGUCCUCAACGCAGUCCUUGCUUCGGGUCCGGGAGCAUCGCACGAAGUGCUUCCAUCGCGCCCCGCGCCAGCAUUGGAGCGCGGCAACUUGCAACCAUCCACACUUGCACCGUCCGAAAUGAUGCGGUCUACGCAACAGGCCAGCGAGACCUCUCUGGACGCUUUGCACUCAACACUCACAACCCCAUCGCGUCAUCAGCAAGCAAGCGCGGCGUUCUCUCUUUCUGCCGCUUCCUACAACCAUAUCGCCAACGCCGACGGCCUCUUUGAUGAUGAUGACAACGACGACGAAGCCGUCGAAGUGAAACCCACUCGGCUACAGCAAUUGUUUGCCGACAUGCAAGCUGAAAAAGACGGCAUCGACAAGAUGACCGGUAUGAGCAGUAAGGCCCGCGAGAGGAGCGUCCUGCUUGACCGGGUACCAGAAAAGGUGCUUCGUGAUUUCAGGGAGAUGAUCGCUCGGGUUGAAUAAAACACAACUCCAGAAUUCGGCUCUAACUCCUACCCGACGGCUGUCACUUACAACGAGUUUCUCAACAACAUUAUUAUCCGCUUCGGAUUACCAUGCAAAGACUGCAAUAUCUCCUGGUAUAAGUUCUCCAGCUUUCGGACAUCAUUUUGAAAAGAUUGAUUGAAAUAUUCCCAACGAAACAUAUGCAACUACAAGAUCACCAGCUUCAGGGCACGAUUUCAUUAUUUUCCUGUUAUGUUCCAGUUCGGUAUGUUUGAAUAACUAUAUGAAAUGGAUAUCUUACGACUUUUUUUACGAAUGUUUUCGCACUCUUCACGGAGCUCAAGGGGGUUGGUUCAUGGGUGCGGCUGGGUUGCAUAUAGUUCUAAGGGAUGAAUGACAUGGAGAGCAGUCCAAACUAUGUCGCAGAAACAGUGGCGCGCGAUGAUCACAGACGAGAGACAAUUAAGGGAAACAUGGAUAGGACGCACAGGAUUUCCGAUGUUGAUGACAACCCCCCUCCAUGCCCACACCGCAGUACAGAUUUUCUUUUUUCCUUGACAAAUACGAGUACCAGAUACAGAAAUUUCUUCCCCCAGGUACGCAGAGUGCAAAACGAAUGCAAAUAUCAGACUACGAUACGACCGAAUAUGAUGAUGAUGAUGAUCAUGAUGAAGUUUCAGGGAAAAAAGGCGGGGACAAAAGGGAGCGAGCGAGCCAGAGGUGCCGGUCCAAGUUCGCCCCUGGAACGAUAUGAAUGGAUGAAUGGAUGGAUUCACGAGAAAUGGGUCAGCCCUGGCCACCGCUAUCGAGUCUCUUUACGCACGCGUGGCACGCCCUCUGAAAUGGGAGGUGAGAGCCUGAGCUGAAGCGAGCUACGGACGGGAGCUAUCUACGGGAAAUAGAAUUACGAGUAGGACAUGACGAGACCAAUGAACCACGCAUCAAUGACCACGAAU